AUGCAAAUAAAUGAACUUGAUCUUCAAAAAUUAAAAGAUCAUUCAAACAACCUUACAAUGGAAUGGAUGAAGCAAAUGAAAUCUACAAAAUCAAGAAUUUUCCGUAGUUGUAUUUUAGAAAGUGAGCCAUGUCAAAGUAUCUUUCGUCAGCAUUUGGAAUGA